UUUAUUUAGUUUGUAACCGUUCUUUGAUAAGUGUGCAUUGUGUUCCCCACCGGACUGGUAUAAACAGUGUUUCGAUCGCGAAAGUUCAACAGAUGAGUUAUAAAGUGUUAAGACUUUCUCGAAGAUAUCGGCUUGAUUGCCACAGCCGGCUUUGUAAUGGGAGGGCGUAGGCUUAUUAAGACCGCAGCAUUUUUGAUUGCAGUUGGUUACAGCAGUUUACUUGUUUAUCAAGGCAGUGUUAACUUUAACAUACAAGACAAUAGGGCGACUGUGCAAGUGGCCGACCUAUCUAUUGAACCUAUUACAAAGGCGAGUGUAUAUGAAAGUGGACAGAACAGAAAUAUAUCUCUAGAUGAUGUUUUCAUAAGUGUUAAAACUACAAAACAUUAUCAGUACACCCGACUGCCAAUUAUUUUGAAAACAUGGUUCCAGUUGGCAAAAGAACAGAUAUGGUUCUUCACAGAUAUAGAAAAUCGACAACAUCAGAAUCAAACCAACGGUCACAUGGUAAACACCAAUUGCUCGGCGUCACAUCAGCGAAAACACCUUUGUUGCAAAAUGUCUGUGGAAUAUGACCGCUUCUUGGAGAGCGGUAAAAAAUGGUUCUGUCAUUUCGAUGAUGACAAUUACGUGAAUGUGCCCCGAUUAGUCGCCGUGCUACAGUCGUACAACCACCAAGAGGACUGGUAUCUUGGAAGGACCUCGAUCUACGAACCUGUCAAGAUUUAUAAGAAACCAACUAGCUCGUUACUCUUUUCAUUCUGGUUUGCUACGGGAGGUGCAGGAUUUUGUAUAAGUCGAAGUUUGGCUUUGAAAAUGUUACCUGUUGCUAGUGGUGGAAGAUUUAUCAGUAUUUGUGAGGGAAUUCGUCUUCCAGACGACGUUUCCAUGGGGUUCAUUAUUGAGCAUUUAAUGAAGAAGAAUCUGACACUCGUGCCGGAGUUUCACUCACACUUGGAACAAAUGAAGCUACUGCCCCCGGAGACAUUCCGCGAUCAAAUCUCAUUCAGUUAUUCCAAGAUGAAGGACGAAUGGAAUGUUGUUAAUGUUCCUGGAUUUGAUACUCGAUAUGAUCCCACUAGGUUCCUCUCUCUACACUGUUUUCUAUUUCCACAUUUUAAGUUUUGCCCGAGGUAGUGGCUACAGCUAAAUGGCAAUUUAAAUGUUUUCAGAUACUAUAAAACUGUGCUGAAAUCAAUGAUUGUGAAGUAAAAUACAAUCAAGGUAACGUCAUUUCAUGUAUUAUUGUUGCAUUUAAUACAAAUCUGUCGCAUUAAAUUACAACUCAAAAAAACAAAUUUUAAUGAAAUAGUGGCUCUUUCAUAAUUGUUGUUAAAUGAAAGAAAUAGGGAUCAUAUGUAUGUAUUUUAAUUCGCUUAGACAAAGAUUCACAGAGUGCGAGAGACAAGGGUAGAUCGCAACGAUGUACAGUCACCGUUCUUCGCGCUUCUGUGCAGUAAAGCGAUAUAAAAGUUUUAUACAAUACUUGCAAAUUAUUUUCGCUAACCGCUCAAACUCUGUGACUGUAGGUACUAUAUACCGUAGAAAUUAAUGUUAACGUCAAUAACUUUAUCUAUUUUUCACUGUAAUUUUCAUUUCACUUGUGCUUCCCAUUAUAUUUUGUAUUGUCUUUGUUACUAUCUAAUAUUUCUCAAAUCAAUGAAGAACUUCUUCGAAAAAACCUAAAUUACAAAUUAUAUUAUUAUUUUUUAUUUCAUAUUAUCUUUUUUACGUAAUUUCAACUUGAUUGUUUCAUUGUAAAUUCGCAAAGGAAAAUGGAUAAAAGGAAAUUAAAUAGAAUUCACGUAAUUUAAAUAUUAAUUUUUGGUUGGUUGUGAUAGUAAGAGGCGUGUGUUAUUGUUGUAUGUUCUUGUAUAUUUUAUUAUUCUCAAUUGUUUAAGAACUGUGAUAUUAGGUGUAUUUGUAUAAAAAAUUGUGAAGAUGUGCUUAUUUUUAGACAUAUUUAUAGUCGUUUAUGAAUUAUAACAUUGUUUUUAUUGUUUAUUUAAUAAACAAUCUACCGUAAAUUAAAA